AUGGAUCCUCAUUCUGUGGAAUGGAUCAACGAGUGGAUCUACGACAAGGUUGGACGGAUCUCCCUUCAUUUCGACGACUUUUUUCCACAGAAACACUUCACUGCGCGUUUUAUUGCCUUCGUGGCUGAGCACGUUGGUGUGCAGCCGGAUUUGGUUUGGUUUUUUUUUGAUUAGGGAGGCUUACUUUAACUGCUCAGGUUGUAAAAGGUCUGAUUGGACUUCUCGUGGCCGUCUUGGCCAUCAGCCAAGAGGUGAGGCUGUUUUAUAAAUAAAAAAGGACUGAGGAGUUCAGGCGCAUGUGUUCGGCAAUGGAAUCCUGAUCGUGGUGCCCUUUUUGCUGACGUUUGUGUUUGUGGACGAGAAGCCGACGGAAGAGAGUCUUGUCGUGUACUGGACCGCUUUUGGCGUGACGACCAUAUUCGACCGGCUUCUGGAGCGUAUUCCUCUUUACUACGUCUUCAAGCUGGCUCUGUUCUUGCUCCUAGUCCUGCCGCCAUACCAUCUGCUGGAGCGAGCCAAGGAACUCCUCAAGGCGGUUUGUUCUUUUUUUUCUCCAGUCUUCGGUUUGCAGAAGGAAUGUCUAUGUGAAACUUCAGCUUCGACGGGAAAACACUGCAGCGACCAACAAAGACACCAACACUACCGCAACAGCGGUUUCGAAAAGGUCUCUUGCAAAAUGAAAAUAAACAAGUUUUCAAAGAAUUAAACAAGUUUUCUGAAAGUUAUUGAAACGCAAAACCCAAAGUUUGUUCAAUAAGACAUAGACGUCUUUUUCAGGACGGAGGUGAACGAGGUGAGCCCGACAAGAGCCAGGAAACGCAUCUUUUGGCGAGUCCUUUUCAGGUGAACACAGCAGUCGCUCUUCUGCGCAGCGACUCGAGUCGUCGCGGAGCCAGUAGUCGCGGAGCCGUGAGCAAGAACGCGAGCGCCGACAAGAUGGAGCAGGUGAGCAGCCGUCGGAAGGUGGUUCAAGCCGUUCCGGAGCCUGUCUCACCUGGAUCCGUCGCCGCCGUCGUUCCAGCUCAGCUCGAACAGAAAACUCCAGAGCCAGCUCCUGCCGAGCCGACGCCUCCUGCAGCUCAGGUGACCGUCACGCGAACUGAGACUUACUACAAGGUGUGUGAGGGCGUCGAAAAGAGCAAAGCUGCUUCAUGUUGAAGAUCUUUCCGAAUGCUAGUUGUUGAGGAGGAGGAGGUGACCUCGCCCAACGGUACUGUUUCUGUGUUCCGAUCUGGUCCUUUUACGCGUCAAACCGUCUUUCAUGAAGGAGGAAAGCCUGAUAGACAGCGCGUUUUCGAAUAACCUUUUCUGUUUUUCCAAUAGCUCAACAUCUUUGAGAGUUGUUUCUUCUUUUUUUCAUCUGCCUACUUCGAAUUAAGUAUUGUUAUUUAAGCUCUUUCUCUAAUAUAACAAUUACUGUUUUUUUUUUUGCUCGCAAGCCACGAAUAUUUUUUCGUUCUCCUUUUCUUCAUAAAUGUUAUUUUAUUCUUUUUGAUUUAUCUAGAAUUGCUCUCACACACCUUGGGGGUUUUGAAUAGUUUGAAUUUGAGAGAGUCCGUUCUGUUUAGUUUUUAAAAAAACUGUUUUUCUCAUUACUUUUGUCAAGUUUUCAGUAAGAAGGAUAAUCUUUCGUUUUGUCAAGCCUCGUUAACCCGAUCACUUUUGAAUGGAAUGAGAUGUUCAAGAUAGGAGUUUGUGAAAUCUAUGAACAAAUCUCAAAGCUUAUUGAUAAUCUUAAAGGGUUUCAUGCCAAAUUGAAUGAAGUUGGGAUAACUUUUCCAAAAAUAUUAAUAACACACUGUAGAUUAUUUCCACCGUUUUCAAAUGUUUCUUAGAAAACGCCGGCGAUAGCCAACAAAAAGUGAGACCUCUCCUUUAUUCCUGAUAAUUAAGCAAAGUUAUAUUAUUUUACAGCCGCAAAAUGAACAGGCGAGCGGAAAACCUGCGAGAAGUUGCACGGACAUGCCAAGUUUGUCCUUUUUAGUCAAUUUUCAGAACGUUUUUGGCAGGUGAGAGACGUUUCGUAGGACAAAACCCAAUGGAAGUGAGCUCUUUUUACAAUCUCACCUCGACCAAAUCUACUGAUGGAAUUGACACUCAGGGUAGUUUACACUACUCGAGAGAAAAUUUCAGCAUUUAACAUAUUGCAGGAGCUGGACCAGCUCAUAAUUUGAAUGACUUCCUCACGUUCCCUGUUAACAAACUAGUAAUCACACUUUUGGCGCGCCUGUCUCGAAAAGUUCCGGUUUAGGUUUUCAACGCCCCGUUUGACUACGAGAACCUCACUUACCACAUGAAGGUCGUCAAUAACUCAAAACACCGCAUCGCUUUUGCCAUUAAAGGUUUACCCGGAUUAUCAAAACUUUUAUUCAGAGUGAAAAUUUUCUAUUUGAAAACAUGGAAAAUAUUCUAUUCAAUUUGUGUUCUCCUUUUCUUCAUGCACCUAACCAACUUUUGUCUUCACGUCGUAUGAUAUAUUUGGAGCUACAAAGUUCGUAGCUCCAAAUAAAAAUAACUAGAAAAUGAAGGUGCGGAAUAUGACUAACGUCUUUGGCUCCGAAAAAGGACCCUUGAAGCUGUUUAACUUGCCAGAUCCAGAAGUGUUCGCGUUUCAUAAUGACCACCUUAUUUUUUGACGUAAUGUUUUAGUGAGAAGUGUCAGAAAAAGAUUUGAAGGGUGGGAUACUCAUAUUGAAUCGUGUCAAAGAACUCUGGGUUAAUCUGAAAUAUUGGAAUUGGAGCAAUGAGAUUUGAGGAAACGCCGUUCCGCGUGUGAUGGUGUAUCCUCCGUGUGGCAUUCUCGAAGUCGGAGAAAAACGUUUCAUCGGCGUGACUGUCCAUGUAGAUUGUUUCAUGCGUCUUCUAUUCAAAAACUGAGAUUGAAGAAUUUCUCUUGGAACGAUGUCGACUACCAGAAGGACAGGAUCGCCUAUGACUACGUUCUGUUGCGUGCCGACACUCAGAAGGACAUCAAGAAUUUCGACAUGAAGCUCUUCCAGGUCGCUGGGCUUUUCUGGCUAGUUCUAGACAGCUUCUUUUCAGAACUCGGACACUAAGCGCCGCAAGAACAUCAUGAUCGAGUACAACCCCUGA